UAAGAGGAUAAAAUAAAGGGAUCUUACGCUUGCCGCUCCUAAUUUCCGAUUCCCGAUCCUUCGGAUUUCUCAUUUUUUAUCCGAAUCACAAACGAAAAUAAAAAGAGAGCAAUUUAGAACCAGAAGAAGAAGAAACUCAAAUAAUUAGGGUUCUGUUUCUUUGCACAGAUUACUAAGCAAUAUGACACCAGUGUGUCCAUUUGUCAAAGCUUCAAGACCAGAUGAUUCACCAGCAAAAAAAACAAGUGAGAAUCAAAGCAAACAUGGUCAAGAACUUGAAUUGAAGGCAAAGAAAGAAUCUUGUGGUGGUGGUGAUUCUGUUAAUAGCAAUUCUCCAAAAUGCCCUUUUGGAUAUGACUCUGUUAAUGCUGAUGCUAAUGCUUCUCCAAAAUCUGCUGCUACAAUUCCUGCAAAGUGUCCAUUAGGAUAUGAUUCUCGGUCUUUUAAAAUUGGCCCUCUUAGUUGUAUUAUAUGCCAAGCACUUCUCUUUGACACUACUAAAUGUGUUCCCUGUAAUCAUAUCUUUUGCAAGGCCUGUGUUUCGCCCUUUAGGGACUGUCCAUUGUGCGGAGCUGAUAUUGAGAAGUUUGAAGCUGAGAUGAAUCUUCAGGCUACUGUUGAUCGGUUUAUUGAGGGUCAUGCUAGAAUUAAGAGGUCUCAUAUCAAUAAACAUGAAGAGGAAGAAGUAGGCGAAAAUACGAAAGUUAUAUAUGAGGAUGUGUCUUUGGAGAGAGGUGCUUUUUUGGUGCAACAUGCUAUGAGGGCAUUCCGUGCCAAGAAUUUUGAAAGUGCCAAAUCAAGACUCAGUCUCUGUGCAGAAGAUAUCCGAGGUCAGAUAGAAGCAGCAGGCAACACUCCAGAGUUAUGUUCACAGCUUGGGGCAGUUCUUGGAAUGCUUGGUGACUGCUGUCGAGCAAUGGGAGAUGCUGGCUCUGCAGUUGCAUAUUUUGAAGAGAGUGUGGAGUUUCUCUCAAAAUUCCCUACAGAUGAUCAGGAGGUCAUGCAUACACUGUCUGUUUCUCUUAAUAAAAUUGGAGAUCUUAAAUAUUAUGAUGGAGAUCUGGAAGCUGCUAAAUCUUAUUAUUCUCGUUCUCUCAAUGUGCGUCGCGAUGCCAUCGAACAUCACCCUCAUGUUUCUUCCCAGAGUCUAGAUGUGGCUGUUUCGCUAGCAAAAGUUGCUGAUGCAGAUAGGAGUCUUGGAAAUGAAGAUGCAGCAGUCAGUAGAUUUCAGGAAGCCAUAAAACUGUUGGAAUCUUUGACGUUAAAACCUGAAGAAGCUGCUCUAGACCAAAGGCGCCUUUCAGUGCUCGAAUUUCUUAACAAUCAGCUUGCAGAGAAACAGUCCGAUCAAAGUGCCUAAAGUUUGACUCUUCUUCUGUAGAGAAAAAGAAUCAAGCUAAAUAAAAUAGCCCUUUUUAUCUGUAUAUAUUCAAAAUUAUCUUCAUGUGAAAUAAGGUCAGUUUUAGUAAUGGGUGAUUCCUAGAAGAACAAAAGCUUUCAAAGAAUGCCUCAGGAAGGACUUGGGGCACCACAGGUGGGGAGCUCUUGCCUUGCGUCAUCCAGAUAGUAUCUACAUCUGGCUUAGCAUUAUUCGAGCAAAGCCUGUAUGAGAUUUCAGUUCACUUUCAUCUAGUGUAAGUUGUUCAAGCACUUGGUUCUAUGUCUCUGGUUCUUGUGGUCACCGCCUGAAGUUGCUGCUAUGGUGCUUCCCUGCUAUGCAGUUUUCCCUUUCCUCGAGUUGUCCCUCUAUGAAUAAGGACCGGUUCUGGGAAAUGCUUUCAAUUAGCUAUCUAGAAAGCGAACAGUGUGUCCCUACUGAACUUAAAAUUGUUAUUGGCUAUGUGAUGUGAAAAAGCUACGUAUUAUGUGAAAAUUUACAUAUUAUGGAUAUGAUGCAAAUUUCCUCUCAA